GAGAAGUCUACUUUUCAUUGCAAAUACGUAAUCUAGUUAUCAGCUAAGCCCUGAUCUGAUUGUUUCAAAACAAUUAUCAGAUAAGAGAAGGAAGCGAAAGAAUACACAUCACGGGCGCGCCGUUUUCAUGUAUACUAAACGUUCAACUGGACUCAGCUCACGCGCUGCUCGCACGUAAAAAAAGGAAAAAAAUAAGCGCGAGAAAAACUACCAAUAGAGAUGGAAUUAAUCGAGACGACUUGAAUUCUAUACAUCUAGAGGGCCUCAAUUACCUCUGCUCGACGGGGUUCAUAUGGAUUAAAUGUUGAGUCUCGCACUUGAGAAAAUAGAUAUUUCAUCAUCAGCAUCGUCCUCAUCUUCACAGCUAACUUCUACACUCAUUGACUCAGCUGAUCCGCAAUUCUUUGUUGAGUCCUUCGUCAUGUCUGGCAUUCAACCAGGAAUCAAAUGCCCAUCCGAAUAUGUCAAGCUCAACGUUGGUGGCUCUUUGCAUUACACCACCAUCAGUACCCUCAGGAAGCAUGACACAAUGCUUCGCGCCAUGUUUAGUGGCAGAAUGGAAGUUUUAACAGACUCUGAGGGCUGGAUUCUGAUAGAUCGAUGUGGAAAACACUUUGGGACAAUUUUGAAUUUUCUUAGAGAUGGUAGUGUUCCUCUACCAGAUAGUACAAAAGAAAUGGCUGAACUGCUUGCUGAGGCCAAGUAUUAUUGUAUCAGUGAGUUGGCUGAAUCAUGUGAGCAGGCUCUUCAAAAGAAGGAAAGAGAAACUGAUCCUAUCUGUAGAGUACCUCUCAUAACGUCGCAAAAAGAGGAACAAUUACUCAUUAGCAACACUUCUAAACCUGUUGUUAAGUUGCUUGUGAAUAGGCACAAUAAUAAAUAUUCAUAUACAAGUACCUCAGAUGACAACCUAUUGAAAAAUAUAGAGCUAUUCGACAAAAUGUCUUUGAGAUUUAGUGGUAGAGUUUUAUUCAUUAAAGAUGUGAUAGGCUCCAGUGAAAUUUGUUGUUGGACAUUCUAUGGACAUGGCCGCAAAGUGGCUGAAGUUUGUUGUCAUUCAAUUGUAUAUACAACUGAUAAAAAGCAUACAAAGGUUGAAUUCCCUGAAGCCCGCAUUUACGAAGAAACGCUAAAUAUCUUAUUGUACGAAAAUCGAAAUGGUCCAGAUCAAGAGCUUAUGCAAGCGACGUCGUCAGCAUCGAAAGCUGCUGUGAGUGGUGCACCAGCUUGCACGUCGGACGAAGAGGAAGGUGAACGAUCAGGACUAGCCCGACUUCGCUCCAACAAGCAAAAUACUAACUGACCCAUCUUCUCUUCACCAAGUUAUCCUGCGAUACGAAACGUAAUGCGACAUCUUAAUCGGGCCAACAGAUCCGCAUUGAUACGUGUUCACCAAGAUAUUAAGAAUUUAAGGUUGGAACCUUAACUAAGCCUAUUUCGUUUUUGUUGUUAAUUAUUUUAUUUCACUCGACUUUCGCAAGCCUAGUUGAGAUUUGAACAAUAUUUCGAUAGAUCUUGAAAGUGUCAAAUAUGAAGUAACAAAUUCACACAAUCAUAGUCCUAAUGAAAGCACAUUUUAUUUUUUAUUUACCAAGGUAGAUGAUAUUAAAACUGUCAAUUUUCGGUCAGUACAUUAUCUUAUAUUAACCAUUAAAUGUAAUAUUUUUAUUGCUAUACUACUGUUAAUCUUUUUUAUUAGGCUAAUCUAUUCUUGAUAAAAUUAGCUAGUUGAGUAAGUUCAUGCAAAUCAUUCUGUCAAGUUAACAUUAGUGUAAAAAUUGUAGAAUUUUUUAAUUAAUAAUUUUAGAGUGAUAAUCAAUGUUGAUCAUUGAAGAUUAAAAUAUUAUUACAUUCAUUUGGUACUUUAACAGAAAAGUAAUUCAUUUUUUCACUAACAACAUUUUACUUUAACACAACAUUCAAUUUUUGAUCCUGACAUUAUUAUGUAGUUAAGAAAGGAAAAAAAAUGACCUAGUGAUUUGCAGUUUUUUAUGAGCAUUGGUAUCAAUUUCAAUAACGUGCCAAAUUUAAACAUCAUAAAAUAAUUAAAAAUUAAUAAAAGAUGCCACUAAAAAAUCCCAAUAAAAAAAUAUCGAUAGCUUAGUUCUUAAAAAAAAAUUCAGUAGUUAAUUAAUAGCGAAUUAAAGAAACUAGAUAAGGAUUGCUGUAGCAUGCAAAUCAUCAUUGUUGUUUUUGUUAAUGUAAAAUCGACUGAAACUUAUAAUUUGAAAGUAUUUACCUCUUCAUAGUUAUAACUAUUAAGGAUUUAUUAAUAUUUAGUGUGACUUAUGUAAAACGACCAUUAUUUUAUUUUGAGUAGUUAUGUAAUAUCAUCGAAAACAAAAGGAUAUACACUGAAAAAAUAGGUAGCUUAAACGUUCUUAUUUAAAAUUUAAUUAAGUCUUUGAUAUUUAUAUUGUACAUAUAUGUACCUAUCGACAGUCUGUAAUUCAAAUUAUUUUAAGGAAAUAACGAAAAUAAUUUUGCAACCAAACGAACUUUUUAAAUAAAUUAUUGAAAUACUGCCUUCUUCAAACAACGUUUCAUUGAAAUGAUAUUUCAAAAUACUACUUACUAGUUAUGAUAUUUUGUAAAUAUUUAUGGCAUAUUCACAUGUUGUACUGAAAAUUGUAUUUUACAUUUAAUAUUAUUCAAGCAUAGUUCUAUUUCUUACCUUUAUAUAUUGAGUACUUUGUUGUUUUCUAUUAUUCAGUACAGAUAAUCAAUAACAUUUGAAGUUAAUAAAUUCAAAUUAUUUUAUAUUGAUACUAGUAAUUUUUAUCACUAAAACUUUUUAUUGCAUUAACAUUGUAAACUAAUUUGAUUAUAAAGACUAAUAUAACUGAAGAAUGAUAAAAUCUGUAUAUAUUCUAAUUUAACCACUUUAUUAUUUAUUAUAAAAUUACUAACAAAUAAUAAUAAUAAAAGUAUCAAGUGUGCAUAGAAAGAAUAUUGGAAUGGAAACAUAAUUAUCUUAAAUUUGACAGGGUAUUGUAAACAUAAUCUAUGCAAUCAUGACAUUUAUGUAUAGGUAUAUACCUAGUAAUUAAAAAUAGUAAACACUUGACUUGGACAAUUAAACUUUGUGGAAAUUUACAGUUUUUGUAAUACUGAUUUCAAAUUUUCAUUUCUGGAAAAACUGUUGAAUUUGAUAUAUGAUUGAAAAACGUAAUGGUAAAUGAAAUACGGUGGUUGUAAUUUGUUUGCUUAUAUAUUAUGACUAUAAAUAAUUAAAUUAAAAAUAGUACAAUCUAAUUAUAUACAACGGUUAUAAUGAAGCGACAGCUCUUGUUCCAUUGUGUCUGUGUAAUUGUGGACAUGUUCUUGUAGAUAUUUAAAUCUAAUGAUUACGAUAUUUACAACGUAUAUAAGUAUAUAUAUACAUUGUCGGUUAACUAUAGAAUGCAAGUGCCAAAAUCGAGAAAAUUAAAAACAUCGAUUUGCGUUGAAUAUAUUACGGUGUGAUAAAUGAUAUUGUAAAACAUGAAAUUAAUAAAUAUCAUCU